AUGGAUAUUUCCAUUUCUAUAGCAAGAUUUCUCCCACUCUUCUUAUUCUUUAAUAUUGCUUCUUCUCUCCCAGUUCACGAAAAGCUUUCGCUGCCUAUUAGUGAAACAAUCGCCUUUCAAAAUCAUCAAGUCUAUAUUGUUCAUGUUAAAAAACCGACAGCCAAAAAGUUCCAUCUGUUCAAACAUAGAAAAAGUUGGUACCAGUCUUUCUUGCCCAACAACACCCUCUUCUCUGGCGAGCCACGCCUCGUCUACGCUUACCGCCAAGUGAUCACUGGAUUUGCCGCUUGGCUUACCAAAGGUGAGUUGAAGUCCAUGGAAUCGAUUGAGGGAUUUCUCCUAGCUCGCCCAGAUGCUGCCCUCCAACACCGUACAACAUACACCCCCAAGUACCUUGGACUCGAUAGGGCACAAGGCAUGUGGUUUGAGUCCGGGUAUGGCCAAGGCCAAAUCAUUGCUGUUAUUGAUAGUGGGGUGAAGCCCACCCACCCUUCCUUCAAUGGACAUGCCUUGCCGCCGCGUCCUACCAAAUGGAAUGGCUCUUGCUAUUGGGGCUCACCAAUCUGCAACAACAAACUCAUAGGUGCACAGGGCUUGAGGCUAGGCUCAGACGCACCACUCGACACUGAAGGCCACGGCUCCCAUUGUGCAGGUAUUGCCGCCGGCAACUUCGUCGAUCAUGCCAAUAUCCUUGGCCAAGCUCCAGGCACGGCCGCCGGCAUUGCACCGAGGGCCCAUCUUGCUGUCUACAAGUUAGCCAGUGCAGCCGACUUACUGGCUUCUAUUGAUGAUGCAAUUCGAGACAACGUUGAUGUGCUGUCCAUUUCCCAAGGCGAUACUAGCCCAGAAUUCUAUCUCAAUGGGAUUGUAAUCGGUUCCUAUGCAGCUAUGAAAAAGGAUAUCGUUACUUGCGCGUCCGCGCCCAACUAUGGCCCAAGCGAAAGUACCAUGGACAAUGAUGCCCCCUGGAUUAUAACUGUCGGUGCCGCCUCAACUGACAGAAGAAUUAUGGCUACUGUAAAGCUUGGCGAUGGACGAGAGUUCAAUGGUGAAUCUGCUUAUCAACCAAGUAAUUAUGGCUCCCCACAAUUGCCGCUGGUAGAAGUCUUAAGAUGCUUUGGAGACAAUCUUCUCGAUGUGAAAGGAAAGAUAGUUCUUUGCAAGUCAGGAGUAAAUGAUACAUCAACCGGUGAACAAGUCAGCAAAGCUGGAGGGGCUGCUAUGAUUAUAAUCGGCACCGAUGGAAACACUACAUUUGCACAGCCUCAUGUGCUCCCAGCCUCAUUUGUGACCAGUUAUGCAGGAAAACAGCUCAUGGACUACUCAAAUUCUGAACCUAAUCCGACAGCAUCUAUCAUCUUUAAAGGUACACAAUUUGGUGUCCAGCCAUCACCAGAAGUCGCGUCAUUCUCGGGUCGAGGCCCAAGUAAUUGGAACGGAGGUAUCAUAAAGCCUAAUGUAAUCGCACCAGGCGUUAACAUCCUCUCAGCUUGGCCAUUUGAGAUCGGCCCAAACCACACCAACACUCGCUUAAUAUUUAGUUUUCAAAGUGGUUGCUCUAUGGCCACCCCACAUGUGGCUGGUCUUGCUGCUCUUCUCAAGAACAACCAUCCAGCGUGGUCUGUUGCAGCAAUUAUUUCGGCAAUCAUGACUACGACAUAUAUUACUGACCAGAAUGGGAAACCAUUUUUAGAUGGAUAUGAUGGGAAGAAAGCAAGUGUUUUUGCUACAGGAUCGGGUCACAUCAACCCAGUGGCAGCUAAUGAUCCCGGCCUCAUAUAUGACAUUCAACCUCUUGACUACAUUCGUUAUCUAUGUGGCUCAAAUAUGUUUGACGAUAAGCAAGUAAAUGCCAUAAUUCGGGGAAACAUUACUUGCUCUACUAUUCGUGACAUCAAAGUUGAGGAUUUGAACUACCCUUCCAUUUCAGUAUCUCUUGGUAUUAACGAUGACAUAAAAACUGUGAGCAGAACAGUGAUGAAUGUUGGCGAUGCUGACACUAUCUACAAUGUGGAUUUUGAAGAGCCCAAAGGUGUGAAUAUCGUGGUUUCGCCAACAGUCCUUCACUUCAACAAAGUAGGGGAUAAGAAGAGUUUUAACGUCACACUAAACUAUAAGAGCAGUGUUCCCAUACCAGUAGGUGAAAUUUCAGAAGGACAGUUAUCUUGGGUUUCUGGUAAAUAUCUCGUGAGGAGCCCAAUUGCUGUCACAGCCAUUAUUGCUCCCCGUAUCCAGAACGUAGCACGCUUCAAUAAUAUGGGGCAUGUUAAAGAAAAUUAA